AUGUCGAUAGUUCGUGGCCAUGCCCGUCGAAUGGCGGCCGCCGGAGUAGGCAGCAUUACAAUAUGCAUCAAGGGCAAGAAAUGUGGGGAGGUUCUUGUACCUUGUUCGCAGGGCUUCAAUAUACCGUUGAGCGAUUCGCCCAGCACUCAAGACAUCCCAACCCCGUAA